AUGAUUUAAGUUUUAGAUUCAAUAAAUAUAUUAUGAGUUAUAGUUCAUAUUCUUUACUUUCAGGUUUCAAUCAUGUCAAGCGCUGAUGACAAAUCAACCACUAGAAGACACCAUGUAGAUGAAUCUCUCAUGCUCAAAGCAAUGCAACAACAAUUUCAGAGGCUGGACAUCAUGUUUGGUGAGAUUAGAGACAAAAUGGAGAAGCAAGAUGCAGCUAUAGCCAAUUUAUACCAAAUACAGAAUGGAAGUCCGAAUUUGCGGAGGAAUGAUGCUAAUGAUGAUCUUAAUGACGAUUAUGAAGAUGCAUUCAACAAUGAUGCCCAGAACUCAAUUUUCAGCAUGGACAAAUUUAUGAGAGGUAGAGGGGAUCAAAAAGGUAGAUUUAACCGAGGAGAGCAAAAUCUUACAAGGUGGGGAGAUCAGCAAGAUUGUGACUUAGGUAGCAUCAAGAUGAAGAUUCCUCCGUUUCAAGGCAAAAAUGACCCAGAUGUGUAUUUGGAGUGGGAAAAGAAUGAGGAAUUGAUGUUUGAUUGCCAUAACUAUUCUGAGGAGAAAAAGGUGAAACUAGCAGUGGUGGAAUUUAUUGAUUACACUAUGGGCCUUACUCAAGGGUCCAAAAACGCUGAGGAUUAUCACAAAGAGAUGGAAAUCGCAAUGGUUAGAGCGAAUGUGGAAGAGGACAGAGAAGCAACUAUGGCACGGUUUUUGCAUGGCUUAAAUCGUGAUAUAGCUAAUGUGGUGGAGCUGCAGCAUUAUGUGGAAUUAGAAGAUAUGGUGCAUAUGGCGAUGAAAGUAAAACAGCAAUUCAAGCGUAAAGGAGCCACCACUAGAACUGGGCAAAAUUCAGGUUCCUCAUCUUCUGGGAAACUAAAUUGGAGCAAAAAGGAAGAAAAUUCUACUUUUAAGCCUAAAACUACAGCAUCUAAGGGGCAUGUUACAUCACAAUGUCCUAAUAAGCACACGAUGAUCUUGAGAGAAGAUGGAGAAAUUGGAACUGAGGAUGAAUCUGAUGAUGAAUCUAUGCCACCAUUAGAAGAUGCUAAUGAUGGUGUGGAAUAUGCCGUUGAUGGAGAACUGCUCGUCACCAGUGUGAUUAUUGAUGGUGGUAGUUGUACUAAUGUAGCUAGCAUUGUUUUGGUUGAAAAGCUUAAUUUACCUAUGACGAAGCAUCCAAGGCCAUAUAAGCUGCAAUGGUUAAACAAUUGUGGAGAAAUCAAGGACUUCAACGAUGUGUUUCCAGAGGACAUUCCUAAUGGUUUACCACCAAUAAGAGGAAUUGAGCAUCAGAUUGACUUAAUUCCAGGUGCAACAAUUCCAAACCGACCAGCAUAUCGAAGCAACCCCAAUGAGAUGAAAGAACUUCAAAAGCAGGUUGAAAAACUCAUGAAGAAGGGGCAUGUGAGAGAAAGCAUGAGUCCAUGUGCAGUUCCAGUGCUACUUGUGCCUAAGAAGGAUGGGACUUGGCAUAUGUGCAUUGAUUGUCUUGCUGUUAACAAAAUCAUUAUAAAGUAUCAUCACCCUAUUCCUAGAUUAGAUGACAUGUUAGAUGAACUGCAUGGUUCUUGCAUAUUCACUAAAAUUGAUUUAAAAAGUGGGUAUCAUCAGAUUAGGAUGAAUGAAGGUGAUGAAUGGAAAACAGCCUUUAAAACGAAACAUGGUUUGUAUGAGUGUAAGAGAGUAACUGAUCAUAUUGAGCAUCUGCGAAUGAUUGUCUUUUUAGGGUAUGUUGUUUCAGCUGAUGGAAUUGCAGUAGACGAAGAAAAGAUUAAGCUAUUAAAAAAUGGCCAACACCUAAGAAUAUUUCUGAGGUGCGGAGUUUUCAUGGUUUGUGAAAAAUUGACUGGUGCAGCACUUAAUUAUCCUACAUAUGACAAAGAGAUGUACACAUUGGUAAGGGCCUUAGAAACAUGGCAGCAUUAUCUUUGGCCUAAGGAGUUCAUGAUACAUACUGAUCAUGAGUCGUUGAAGCACCUCCAGGGACAAGGUAAGUUGAAUAGAUGACAUGCUAAGUGGGUGGAAUUCCUUGAGACAUUUCCCUAUGUGAUCAAGUACAAGCAAGGAAAAGAAAAUAUUGUGGCUGAUGCAUUAUCUCGCAGGUACACACUUAUCUCUACUCUAUGUGCAAAGUUAUUAGGAUUUGAGCACAUUAAAGAAUUAUAUGCUAA